AUGCGCUCCUUCGCCUCCGCAACGACGCUUGCCGUGCUUCUAUCCGCCACCGCCGCGCACGCCUCGGAUGUUUCUUCGAAGCACCUUCUGACGGACAUCCCGGCCGCGAACCCGGACGUGGAGGCCGUAAGCGUGUUCCCCGACUACGUCGAUCCAGCAUUUCCGGGCGGCGAGCGCGUCAAGGUGCUCCUGGGGCUUAGAAACGCCGGAAACGAAGAGGUCAAGGUGACCCACCUCGCUGGAUCGCUGAACGUGCCGAGUAACUUUAACUUCUACGUCGCUAACUUCACGGUGGAGACGUUUGCGGACGCGGUGAUCAAGCCGAGGGAGGAGGCGUCGUUUACGUACGAGUUCUCCGUAGAUCCUCAGUUUGCUGGACACUCCUUACAGUUGGCGCUGACGGCGUUUUACGAGGAGACGGACGUUGCGUACGCAACGACGUACUUUAACUCCACCGUGCCGGUGUUGGAUCCGAAGGUUUUGUUCGAUCGCGAGCUGGCGGUGAUCUACCUGACGCUCGCUAGCGUCGCGUUUUUUAUUGUCGCGGCUAUCAUGAAAGCGGCGGGAUUGGGGCACCUCGUUCCGUUUAUCGGCGACGAGAAACCGCAAGGUGGGCAACAGAAGAAGUCGACGGUGAAAAAGGUCGCGCCGAAGCCCGCGCCGUCGGCGAGCGCGAGCGAUUCGGAGCAAUGGCUUGAGGGUACUGCUUUCGCUCGACAAAGCUCCAAGAAGGAAAAGAAGAAGAACAAGUGA